GUUUCGCAACAUCCACAUGAUGCAUGUAGAUGUUGUGGACAUCGACUUUAGGCAUCACGUCGAAAUAGUAUUAAUUUGUUGUGAAUCGUUCUGCUGAUUUCGUUUUUAGACAAGAAGAUGGAGUUUAUCCCCGAGGAAACAUACUAUGGUAAGAGUGGAGUGAAGUUGCUUCGUUUACGGACAGAAGGAAAAAUUCAUCACAUCAAGGAAAUAGAGGUUGACGUCCAUCUUACCCUCCGCUCCAAGAAAGAUUUUGAAAGAGGCGACAAUUCAGAUAUCAUUCCCACUGAUACACAGAAGAAUACUGUUUAUGCCCUUGCCAAAUUAGUUGGGGUGCGAUCUCCUGAGCAGUUUGGACAGGCGUUGUGUCGUCAUUUCCUAUCGUCAUUUCAUCAUGUCAUGGCUGUACGUGUCCACAUAGAGGAGGCUCCAUGGAAAUGCAUCACACAAGGAGGACAGGAGCAUGUCCAUGCCUUUGUCCUGGAGAAACAGUGCAUAAGGUUUUGCGAUCUACUUCAACAACGAGGAGGUCUUGUGCAGGUUUGGUCUGGUUUGAAAGACCUCAAGGUUCUAAAAACAACCCAGUCUGGAUUUGUUGGUUUCAUCAAGGACAAAUACACUUCACUUCCUGAGGUUACCGAUCGUCUCUUCUCAACCAGUGUCUAUGCUAGAUGGCGGUAUGCGACGCUGUAUGGGUUAGAUGAAGAUAAGGCAUGGCAAAUGGCGAAGGAGGCAAUCCUAGAUGUGUUUGCUGGCCCGCCAGCAACUGGUGUUUACUCUGCCUCGGUUCAACACACUCUCUAUCAGACUCAGGAAAAAAUGCUUCAACUCAUUCCACAGAUCAGUGAGGUUACCAUGGAGAUGCCCAAUUCUCACUACUUUUUAGCGGACCUCAAGAAGAUCAACAUGGAAAACAAUAACGAGGUUCUAAUGCCUGUGGAUAAACCGUAUGGAUUAAUAAGAGCUUCUGUAAAACGUUCAUCAACAUCAAAGCUGUGAAGAAACCAAACCAAAAUCAGCCUGAUAAAACUCGAGUUUCUUGGAAUAGGGAAGGCUACCUCAAGCUUUUAUAAGCUUAUUGAUCUGACUGCAGUCUGAUUAUUUUCAUGGUGGUUCCAGUAAUUAAAUCUCUCGGACUCUGGGCAUGUUUAACAAUAGUUACGACUGUUUUAACUUUGCCAUUAUGGCAAACUACCAUAGGGUCAGUAGUGAGUCACAAUCAAGGUUCCCAUGGAAUUAAUGGCAAAUGAAAUGAAAAUUUUGCCUUAGAAAAUGUAAAUACAUGUACCUUGAAUUGAAUUUGGGAUAACUUUGAUUAACUUUAAUUUUGACCGUUCCAGCGCCAAAUUGAACAUAUAUUCGGUAAUAUGAAAGCAAGAAUCAAUGUACGAUAAAUUCCUACAAUUAAUGUAAUAUUGUAUGAGUUGACCUGCUUUGUAAGGAAAAUACAAUGUUAAGUCACCCAGAAUUAUCCCUGUAAAGUGAUAUUAAAGUACUAUAGUAAUAUUUUAUAAGCAUGCGGGGUGAUGUCAUUGAAUGAGUAAAGUAUAUUCUGUUUACUUAAAUUUCUUAAAUUGCACACAAGAAGCAUUAUUGCCACCUCCAACAGUUGGAUUAAAAAAAUGAAUAAACAAACACUCCAAUCUACAGCAAUUGCAAAUCAAAUUGCACAUAGCAAAAAAAAAGAAAGAAGAAAACACCACUGUUUGUGACAUUAUAUAUGAAAGAUAAUUAUAAAUAAACACUUUAGAUUUCUUGUAUUGAGAUUCAUGCUGUGUUUAACUUCGGCUUGUAAUGUUUGGAUUUUAUAGGUUUCCAAGUACAAAUGUAUAAUAAUAGAAACAUAGCACUUUAGUACAGCUACUCUUCCUAGGCACGGAGCAUUCAAGGAGUUUUUUUCUCACCGGGUACAUGCUGGAUGGCAAGUGGAAAAUGUGAUAUAAAAUGCCUUGCAAAAUAUAGGCUAUUUGCAAAAAUUAUACAAAUUGUAAAUAUGUGUGAAUAAGACGAAUAUUUUUACCAUGUUUCUACCAAAGAACAAGAGGUUUACAUAUUGGGUAUCUGUUUAUGGGAACUGGGGGACCCUGUUCAUAUCAGUGAAAAUUAUUGGACCAAAUUCACAAUGUUUUUUUUUUUUAACUAUCAGUUGAACCCACGGUUUAUGCAGAUUUCCUGUAUAAAUUACGCUUACUUUCCGUGUAUAUUAGAAAAUGUCCAAUGCUGAUGCUCACCUUUGUCACAGUGAGCUAAAUUUAUGCCUGUUGCCAUGGUUAAGGACACUUCUUUAUUCAUGAGUCGGCUGUUUAACAACGGACUUAUCGAUUCAAAACAGUUGACUCGUGAGUAAAAAAGCAUACUUAAUCAUGGCGAGCGUAAUCUAUACAGGAAAUAUGCAUAAAAUAUGGGUUUAGCCGAUGGAUUUAAAACCACCUUUGUAAAUUCGGGCCAUAGAAUUCAGUUAAAGAGGUUGAAUCUGAAUGUAGUAAUUCCCAGAACUGUUCCAUGUUGGUCCUCAUCAGUUCAUCUAAUCAUGUAGUCGCAUGAAAUCUUUAUCUUGUCAAUUGUUGGAUAUAAAGAGUGUAGAUGUCAAACA